AUGGCGGGCCCCUGGUGGAAGCACUGCCAGAGGUGGAGUACGAACUGUGCGAGUGCGAGUUUCUUUGAAAGCUUGUGGCAUUUCAACGGCAGGUGUGCGUCUUUCUCGGCGUCCUCUCUGGGUCGGGCGUCCAGGAGCCCAGGGCCGACGGACGAGGGACAGCCGUUAUCAUCUACACAGAUAAACCUGAAAGUUUUAAACUUCACCUCAUCUCUAAACAGACACAAGUCACGGUUGCUGUAUCCCACACUACAGUCUUGCUGCUGCAGAACGAUACACAGUGAUGCAAAGCUCAAGGACCCCUUCACGUUAGCCCAGAAAGACCUAACAAGUUUAUAUGAUGACAUCAAAAAGGAGCUGUUUGUAUCUAAAGAAGAGCUGAAGUCUCUAUGUGACUACUACUUUGAUGGCAAGGGCAAGGCAAUCCGACCAAUGAUUGUUGUUUUGAUGGCCCGGGCCCUCAACAUCCACAGCAACAGAGCAGUAGAUUUGAUCCCCGGGCAGAGGGCCAUAGCUAUGAUCUCAGAAAUGAUUCACACAGCCAGCCUGGUGCACGAUGACGUAAUAGAUGGAUCCGAUAAACGCAGAGGGAAGAGGACCAUCAAUGACGUGUGGGGGGAAAGAAACGCUAUCUUGGCAGGAGAUUUCAUCCUCUCAGCCGCCUCCUUGGCCUUGGCUCGCAUCGGUAACAACACUGUGCUAAAAGUGUUGUCCCAGGUGAUAGAGGACCUGGUGCGAGGUGAAUUCAUGCAGCUGGGCUCCAAGGAGAACGAGAACGAGAGAUUCAAACACUACCUUGAGAAAACCUUCAAGAAGACAGCAAGUCUUAUUGCAAACAGUUGUAAAGCAGUAUCCAUUCUGGUAAAUUCUGAUCCUGAGGUUCAUGAAAUAGCCUACCAGUAUGGGAAGAAUGUAGGCAUCGCAUUUCAGCUAGUGGACGAUGUCUUGGACUUCACAUCGGGAGCCAAUCAGCUGGGGAAGCCCUCAGCCGCAGAUCUCAAACUGGGCUUGGCCACUGGACCAGUCCUGUUUGCUUGUCAACAGUUUCCUGAGCUUCAUGCAAUGAUCAUGAGACGCUUCAGCUCUAAUGGAGAUGUAGAUCGAGCCUGGCAGUACGUCCUUAAGAGCGAUGGCGUGCAACAGACCAACUACCUGGCCCAGCGCUACUGUCAAGAAGCCAUCAGGCAAAUCAGUAUGAUCAAGCCGUCCCCGGAGAGAGACGCCCUCAUCAGGCUCACAGAGAUGGUGCUCACCAGAGACAAAUGA